AUUUUUUCUUUAUUAUGCUCAAUACAACACUGAAUUUAGAACAACAAACAAGACUAGGAUAAAAUAGCCUGUGAACUCAUACGCAAACUGGGAUAUGUGCUAUAUAAAUGCACUCUUACGUCUGGAAAUUCAGUAAUCACAGCUCCAAUAUUUCAGAGAGCAAAAUACUUUCUCAAAGAGAGCUAAUUAGUACUUUUAUUGGAGAUGGAAUAUGAUUUGGUUAUCGAGGCUUCAUCUCUGUUUCUCUUAAACUCCGCGGUUAAAGAAAACCCAUCUUUGAGCAAUGACAAUAAGACACAAGUUAGCCCAGAAGUCCAAGGUCUCUGUUCUUCUGCUGUUCUUGAUCAUAGUGUCUUUCCUAAAGACGUUUUUUCCGCCGAAACAAGUUUUCUCACACCUGAUCGGGUUAUAGAAGAGAUAGGUGUUUGUGGACGGGGCCUCAGUCAGCCAUUGAAAAGUGAUAGAAAUAACAACACGAAACAGGAAUCCACGCGAAUACUUGACAUAAUCAAAUAUUCUCCUAAAUUCCUGCGUAAAAAGAAUUCGAAACAGCCAUGCAAAAACGUUUCGCAUUAUGUGGAGGAGAGCAACGGCGGUUUGCAGGGCGCGUCAAACCAAAAAUUUGAAAACCAUGAAAAUCCUGGAACUGUUUCACCGAAAAUGGGUUUUCGAAAAACAUUUCAGUCGAGUGUAAACCAAAAAGACACUGCAGUAACAGAGAAAAUGAAAACAACAGCAACUAGGAAUUGUAAGUCUGCGACAUCUGAUAAGGAAAUUCCAGAAUUUGGACCCUCGAAAGGAAGAAAAAACUGGCGUAAAGUAAAAGCUGCUUUAAAGCGAAUGAAUGACGGUGGGGAGCAGUUAAAAUCAAUGUCGUUAGCGAGCAGCGAAGAGAACAUUCAAGGAGUUGCGGGAAAGCUUCGAAUCAAUCUGUCUUCUGAAACAUCAAUUGACGAUGAUGACGACGACGAAGAAGACAUUUACCAGAGACUUAAGGCUUUCCUGAACUCUAGUGAUAAAAAGUUUAAAACGCCAUGGUCUCCUCGGUCGCCUCGACUACAACUAAGAAGCAAUAAGUAUAGUUUCUGGCCCAAGGGAGCUGAGGCUGGCGGCGUUCCUUACGCAAUUACCCCGAUGGUUGAAGAGGAAAACGGUGUUAAUCAAUUUCCUGUAUUAAAAUCAAAAAGGUAUCCUCUAGGAAUGCGACGUUGCUCAGCGCCUGAACCCGUACUGAGGCGAGAAGCAGAAGCUUUUUCAUUCAUAAAAAAAGGCAAGGACAUGAAAAUUAAUUCUCAAAAAAAAUCUAUAAAGAACAAGAAGGCUAACCAUGGUGAUCCAAAGCCGUACGAUCGCGUAGAACACGAAGUAAGACAAAGAAUGAGACUCGUCAUGGAAAAAAACUUGGAAACCCUGACGGAGUAUUGUCCUGAAAUUUGCGGCCAGUUGAGCUCAACUAUCAGCGAGGAGAUAACCAAAUACUUACGUUCUACAGAUAUUUUCAGUGAAGAUGUACAGAAAAAGUGUGUCUGUUUGGUGUAUAUUGGAGCCGUAAAAGAUGAUGGUAUUCACGCUGCUGUGAGAUGUAUGUGGAUUCCGGGCGAAGACCGUUUGGUAGUGUUUGAUUAUCAGAACAAUUCUUUGUACGCUCUUGCUAUAGUAUUUACUGCUUCUUGCUGACUUUUAGCUUUAAUUUACAGUUAAAAAUAAAGAAAAGCGACAUUUGAUUAAAGUCCAAAUUAUGGAAAAUCAUGCGAGAUGAAGCUCACAUUAACUUUGAUUGAAAGACUUUGAAAAAGAACAGCGUUCGCGCCUUCUGAGCUUGCCGCUCAGCUAGUAGAACUCAGUAUGGUUAGAAGACUGAGAAAGAAGAAGAAGAAAAAGAAGAAUUGAAUUAAGAAAAAUUGGUAACCCUAGGCUCCACGAACACAGACUAGACUCAAACCCGUGUCCGUUGAUGAGAGGCAAUGCGAGCGCUCUCACCGCUACGCCACCCGUGCUAAUCCCUUCAAAAUUUCUUCAAAAAGAAAAAUUAAAGAAAAAAAGGAUAGGCAUACGAACAUACUUUAUGCAAUGAUGGCGAGCUACUAGCUUCCAGGUUCUGGCCAGGUUCUGGCAAGGUUCUGGCAAGGUUCUGGCCUACCAACUACUGAACAUUCAUUUAUUACUAUUAAUAUAAGAAGAGAUAUAUAACUAGCUAAUAACUAGUGUGAGCUGCGUCGGGUUUCCUAAUGAAACAGUAAUGAUAAAAAGGUAAACUAUACACCGGGAAAAGAUGAAAAAACUUACUUUUUCAUCUCUUCACGUUGUAUAAUUUAUCUUUUCAUCAUUACCACUUAUUGCUAUUGUGCUUCAGAUAUUAGAAUGGCAGUCGCUGUUGCCUGAAUAAUAUCAUUAACCUAGAAUAACAUCGACUUUUUUAUCAGCACCUAAAGUCUCUAUAAUUCAGUCUAACAUCAAACUCACCAUAAAUCAGAUAAAUGUAGGGUGGUUCUCAUAGAUUGGUAAGCAAGACGCCGGUGGGGGCUAUAUCGAUCCCAUCCUCUUCCCCCUACGGAUCCUGUGCCAUAUUUGAGCGAGUAACAGCAAGACACCCUAGUCGCUGGGACAGAAACUGGUGACGGCUGCGGAGGCUAAAGACACUCCGACACCGAUUUAUUUUUAGCAGUAUUUUUUGUCAAAUGCAUGUGGUAGUGAAUGAUCCUAAAGGCAAGUUAGUAAUCAUCAUUAUAAAUGGCUUACGGAGUCGUUUUAGAAAAAAAAAUUAMGUCUGGACUGACGGAAGGCAAACCGCAAAGAACAAAUUCUGUUUUCAAAAAUAUCCCGAUACUCUUACUUCGUUCAAUGCCGACUCUCCGGCGUACGUUAUAUCCAACUUAUUCUAGAGAGUUUUUUUAGAUUGACUUUUUUCCUCCCUGCAAACGGCAAACGUGAUCACGUUUUUCAUCGUUUUUCUGUAUUUUACUUUACCUUUUACAAACCUUCUCACCAAAGACAAAUAUUCUUUUG